CCGUCUUUUCGGCUUUCGGCUCGGAGGAGGCUACGGUGCAACUUUCUUCGGUCGUCCCGAAUCCGGGUUCAUCCGACACCAGCCGCCUCCACCAUGCCGCCCAAGUUCGACCCCAACGAAAUCAAAGUCGUGUACUUGAGAUGCACCGGAGGCGAGGUCGGCGCCACAUCUGCCUUGGCUCCUAAGAUCGGUCCUCUGGGUCUGUCUCCAAAAAAAGUUGGUGACGACAUUGCCAAGGCCACCGGUGACUGGAAAGGUCUCAGGAUUACAGUGAAACUGACCAUCCAAAACAGACAGGCUCAGAUUGAGGUGGUUCCCUCUGCCUCUGCCCUGAUCAUCAAAGCCCUCAAGGAGCCACCAAGAGACAGGAAGAAGCAGAAGAACAUUAAACACAGUGGAAACAUCACUUUUGAUGAGAUUGUCAACAUUGCCCGGCAGAUGAGACACCGCUCUUUGGCCAGAGAACUUUCUGGAACUAUCAAGGAGAUCCUGGGUACUGCACAGUCUGUGGGCUGCAAUGUGGAUGGCCGCCACCCCCAUGACAUCAUAGAUGACAUCAACAGUGGUGCAGUGGAGUGCCCAGCUAGUUAAGAAGCAACAAGAAAAGAUUUCAAUAAAAGACCAUAUGAUAACCAG